GUGACGUCAUGACGCAUACGUCCGUACGUAACACAAGUUCACUUCCGGUCUGGUGUCGGGCAGUGAGGUGACCAGAAGACCGCCAUGGUGCUGAACCCCGUCAUCUCCAAGCUGGCCGGCAAGCUCGUCGUGUUGGCCAGCGCGUCUCCACGCCGAUUGGACAUCCUCCGUAACGCGGGCAUGCGAUUCGAGGUGGUCCCGUCCUGGUUCAAAGAAACGCUCGACAAGCGACUUUUCAAAGCGCCGCAAGAGUACGCCGUGGAGACGGCCAAGCAGAAGGCUCUGGAGGUGGCGAGGAGGAUGCCCUGCAACCACCGAAAGACACCCGACAUUGUGAUCGGAGCUGACACCAUUGUGAGUGUAGACGGCAUGAUUCUGGAGAAGCCACGGGACAAGCAAGAUGCGUACAGGAUGCUCUCAAGUUUGAGCGGGAAGGAGCACAGCGUCUUCACAGGGGUCGCCGUCAUCCUCUGCCACGACAAAGAAAAUGAGGUUGAUUACCAGAUCGUGGACUUCUACGAAGAAACCAAGGUGAAGUUCGCCGACCUCUCCGAGGACUUGCUGUGGGAGUACAUCGACAGCGGCGAACCCAUGGACAAAGCGGGCGGCUAUGGCAUCCAGGCACUAGGCGGCAUGUUGGUGGAGUACGUACACGGAGACUUCCUCAACGUUGUGGGUUUCCCCCUCAACCACUUCUGCAAACAGCUGGACGUCAUCUACAACCGCCCUCCCUCCUGUUGCCGUGGCGACGCUGCCCCCUGUCCAGCUCCGAAUCAGCCUCCGCUAAGUUCGUCAAGCACGCACGCGGCACGGCCUGCAUGCAGUCAGUCUGGGGAAACACUACCAUCUACCACCAGCAGGGGGCAGUUGAUACAUGACGUCCACCUCAGAGAGUGUGGGGACAGUGAAGAAGCCAGAGAGGACUUGCAGAGAAUCAUUCCACUGAUGGAUGGAUUCAAAGCCUCCAAGGCACUGUUUACUGCCUCCAAGAUGGGUGUGUUUGACCUUCUCCAGCACAGGCUGGCCCUUAACGCAGCUCAGGUGGCCCAAGAGCUGAAAUCCUCCGUAAAGGGAACGGAGCGUCUGUUGGAGGCGUGCGUCUCGCUAAAUCUGCUAAAGAUUUCCAAGUGUGAGGCGCCCCCCGUGUACGAGAACACGGACCUGGCCAAACGCUUUCUGCUGUCCGACGCCCCGUGGUCGCUGCUAGGCUACAUGGCACACUGCGACGACACCGUCUGGCCGCUCUUCAACCACCUGGACAGCGCCGUGCAGGAGGGCGCCAACCAGCACCACAAGGCCUUCGGGAAGAAUCCUGGCGACUUGUUUCAGGAUACCGUCUACAGCGGCCAGGAAGUCAAAUUGAGGUUCAUGAAGGCCAUGGACAACAUCGCCAAAGUGACGGGAAGAGCGGUGGCGACGGCCUUUGACCUGUCCGCUUUUAAGACCGCCUGUGACCUCGGAGGCUGUACAGGUGCCAUGGCUGCUGAGAUCACCAGAGCUCACCCCGGGAUGUCUGUGACUGUGUUCGACUUACCGACCGUUAUCGAAAUGACUCAUCAUUUCCAUUCGCCGUCCGCUGAAGACAGGGUUACGUUCGUGUCAGGAGACUUCUUCAAAGAUGCUUUACCCAAAGCCGACUUGUACAUCCUUUCUAGAAUUCUCCACGACUGGUCCGAUGAGAAAGUGCAGUUAUUGCUGGGCAGAAUCGCAGAGAUGUGCACGCCAGGCCGCGCGGUCCUCAUCGCUGAGACCAUGUUGGACGAGCGGUCCCCUUACUCGGCCCUGCAGUCCCUCAACAUGCUGGUCCAGACCGAGGGCCUGGAGAGGACGCAGCGCCAGUAUGCAGACUUGCUGGGAAAGCACGGCUUCGGGAGGGCGCUCGGGGUUCACACCAUGAACUUCCUGGACGCUUUUAUCGCCUUUAAACUGUGACAAGAAUAAACUCACACGUGUAAAUUGAUUGGCCAGAAGAAGUCAAUAUUGGAAAUGUGCACAACAUCCGCACCUCGUUUAGGUUAUACAAAGCACAGACCACCACUAUGUACUGUGCACCUACUUUUAAUGCAUUCUAAAAUGCAUUUGUGUGCAGUAUAGAAGCUCUACAGUAGGUACGGUUGUACGUUCUUUCAUUACUGUGAGAAUCCUGCGUUUGACUGAAGCACAAAAAAACUUUUACUUUGAAAAUCUUUUUUUGUCAUGAAAAUCAACUUUUACUUGAAAAUAUUUUUUUUCUUUAAAAAAAAAAAGUUUUGUCUUGAAAAUCAACUUUUACUUUGAAAAUCAUUUUUUGUCAUUAAAUUUAACUUUUACCUUGAAAAUCAACUUUUACCUUG